UUCACUGCUUGAGCAUGGAGCACGGGCAGGAUGCCGCCGUAAGGGACGAGGUAGCUCUCUCCAUGCGCCUCCUCCGCCACCUCGGCAGCCCCGACGAGCCCGCUAACCUCGCCUUCUCGCUGCUCUCCUUCCAUGCCGUCCUCUCCCUACUCGCCUCCGGCGCCUCGGGCGCCGCCCGCGAGCAGAUCGCCGCCUUCCUCGGCCCCGCCGGCGCCGACGCGCUUGCCUCCAAGGUGGUCUCGGACGUCCUCGCCGGGCGUGGUGGAAGGGAUCCCGAGGUCCGCUGCGCCAUGGGCGUCUGGGUCGACGCCGCGCUCCUCCUCAACCCCGCCUUCGCCGAUGCUGCCGCUUGCAAACUAGAGGAGCUUUGGUCCGCUUGCAAGUUCAAGGCCGCUGUGAGGACGAUUGCCUUCGGUGACAACCCCGCAGCAGCCAGAGCCGAGAUCAACGAUUGGUUUAGGAGCGAGACUGGCGGCUUGGUCGAUAACCUCCUCGGCGAGGGCUCCGUCGACGGCAGCACGGUGGUCGUCCUCGCCAACUCGCUCGCCAACUCGCUCGCCAACUCGCUCUACUUCAAUGACGAUUGGUACAAACCCUUCUUCCCGGACCUCACGGAAGACGGCAUCUUCCAUGUCUCUCCGGACGCCGCCGUCCGCGUGCCAUUCAUGAUAGGGAGUCACCAGCACACCUUCAUGGACAUCGGUUGCCAUCCUGGCUUUAACGUCCUGCGCAUGCCCUACUGCAUCGGCGGCGGCGGCCGGACGUUUGCCAUGUACAUCUACCUCCCCGACGAGCGCGACGGCCUAGCUGGCCUCGUGCGCCAGAUCAGCUCCAACCCGGCGGCGCUGCUGCACAAGACGAUCGUGCCCAAGCGGCCUGUCAUGGUGGGGGAGCUCAAGAUCCCCAAGUUCGAGGUCUCCUUCAAGGUGGAGGCCUCACUUCUGCUGCGCGACCUCGGGCUUGACCUGCCUUUUCACCCUGCCGCCGACUCCUUCUCGGCGAUGCUGCUGGGUGGUGCUCCACACAAGAAGGUGGCCGUGUCGUCCGUGCUCCACCAGUGCUUCGUCAAUGGUUUUUGA